GUACACUAGUUCGAUAACGAGGUUAAAUGCAUUUGAGUUUAGCGUCCGACGUGUCAAAUUGUUUGCUACGUGUCAGAAAUCUACUAGGCCGUAGCUCCACAUCAGCUGUACUACAGUACUACUGAAUGAUUUCUCGACUCCACAUGAGACUUGGAGGCCAUCUGCCAAUGCCACUGUCUUCAACUCUUCAACCAUGCUCAUGCUGCGUCUGAAGAUCUCGGCCAAAGCCUGCCCUCUCCUGCACUCAAUCACCACCGUCUCCUUCUCCACUUCCGCCUCCGCCUCCCCUUCCAUCUCCACCGUCGAUCUCCUCGACUCCUACACCGUGACCCCACCAAUCCAACCCUGGCCCAGACGCCUCCACCCAAAGCGCCUCAUCUACCUCAUCACUCGCGAACCCAACCUCGACCUCGCCCUCCAAAUCUUCCACCACGCCUCCAAAUUCCACCCUGGCUUUUCCCAUAACUACCACACCUACCACGCCAUCCUCAACCGCCUCUCUCGUUCCCGCGCUUUUCACCCCAAAAUCGACCCGCUCCUCUCAGACCUCAGCAACUCCGGCAUCAAAUGCUCUGAAGACCUCUUCAUCACCCUCAUUCGCAAUUUCGGCGUCUUGGGUCGUCCCAAGCUCUCCUUCAAGACCUUCCUCGACAUUCCAAAGUUUGGAGCUCAACGCUCUGCCAAGUCCCUGAACGCCUUGUUGAACGCUUUGGUUCAGAACCAUGAGUACGGUUUGGUCCACUCCGUCUUUAAAAAUUGUGGGGAGAGGUUUGGGGUUAGGCCCAACGUGUUCACUUGUAAUAUACUGAUCAAAGCGCUUUGCCAAAAGGAUGAUGUUGAGACUGCACUCAAGGUGCUCGACGAAAUGCCUGCAAUGGGGUUUGUCCCGGAUGUGGUGACUUAUACCACGGUUUUAGGAGGGUAUGUUUCGCGGGGUGAUAUGGUUGGCGCCAAGAGGGUUUUCGGUGAGGUUUUGGAUAGAGGGUGGCAUCCGGAUGCGACUACUUACACCAUUUUGAUGGAUGGGUUUGUUAAGCAAGGGAAGUUAGUUGAUGCUGUGAAGGUCAUGGAUGAGAUGGAGGAAAAUAAGGUUGGCCCAAAUGAGGUGACUUAUGGGGUUAUGAUUGACGCUUAUUGUAAGGCAAAGAAGUCGGGUGAAGCGGUUAAUUUGCUUAAUGAUAUGCUUGAGAAAAGGUAUAUACCGAGUUCGGCACUUUGCUGUAAGGUGAUUGAUGUUUUGUGUCAUGAAGGGAAGGCGGAGGACGGUAGUGAAUUGUGGAAGAGGCUUUUGAAGAACAAUUGCACACCCGAUAAUGCAAUCUCAAGCACGCUCAUAUACUGGCUUUGUAAGGAGGGGAAAGUAUGGGAAGCCAAGAAAUUGUUUAAUCAGUUUAAGACGGAUUUGAUUCCCGGUGUCAUGACGUACAAUAUGCUUAUUGCGGGACUGUGUGAAGUGGGGGAGCUGUGCGAGGCAGGGAGGUUGUGGGAUGACAUGGUUGAGAAAGGAUGUGCUCCGAAUGCUUUUACAUAUAAUAUGUUGAUCAAAGGAUUUUGUAAAAUUGGAAAAGCAGAGGAGGGCAUUAGGAUUUUAGAGGAGAUGCUGGAUAAAGGUUGUUUGCCCAACAAGUCUACUUAUGGCAUGUUGAUUGAGGGGCUCUGUGACUUGGGGAAGGAAGCUGAAGUCACAAAAGUGAUUUCAUUGGCAAUGUCAAAUGGAGACAUUAAGAGUGCUUCGUGGGAUCUUUUGCUUACUAAGUUUGUUGGUGAUUUGGAUACUGGGGGAGCUGUUAUGGACAAAAUACUUGUGGAGAAUGUUAAUUAGAGGCUUUUUCAACAUAUAAUCUCAUCUGAGGAACCCAGACCUCGUGAGAGUGGAAUGCAUUUAUAUAAUCUCAUGCACAAGGUUUCUGAGGUUUCUGUGAGCAGGCACCAUUUGUGAUUUGGGUGCACAAAGUUCUUGUACAAUUCGACGAAAUAUGCAU